AUGCAGGAGGUAGGAAUUGCAUACUUUUGUAACCUUCUUGCUUCUCAGCCAAUUGAGAUCUCUGAGGAUAUACUCUCAUCGAUUCCAUCCUUAGUUACCCACCAGGAGAUCUCAUCCAUUAUGACCAUACCUACUAGGGAGGAGAUCAAAGAAAUGAUUUUCUCAAUGAGUAGAAACCGAGCACCUGGGCCUGAUGAUUUUCUAGCAGAUUUCUAUUCAACAUGUUGGGACAUCAUCGGAACCGAUUUAGUUCAUGCCAUCAAAGAAUUCUUCCGCCGCAAAGUCUUCCAACGAAAUUGGAAAGCCACCUUUAUUACACUCAUACCAAAGGUGGUCAACCCAACUUCUUUUAGAGAUUUUCGGCACAUCAGUCUUUAUAAUGUGUGCUAUAAAGUUGUAUCCAAGAUCAUUACAACACGACUGAGUGUUUUUCUUGAUAGGCUCAUAUCUCCAAAGUAG